UGAUGUCACUUCCUGCCUCCUCUAACCUAUAAAAGCGGGGGGUUUUGCGGCUCGGUGCUGGUGGAAGGACCGGAGAGGACGCGGGCUGCCGGGUCACCGAUGCGGCAGCAGAUUCAGCCCACAAAUAGCGAGCGGCUCAGUUUGUCUCGCCACAAUGCGUCCUUGAAUCGCUGCACUUUUCUUUCCAAGACGCGCGGAUUUUAACCGUCUGAUACAAGCGUUGCCCGUUUUGUCUCUGUUCCUGGAGGGACUCCUGCGUGAAGAUGAUCGGGAGAGGAGUGCUCGUCUUGGCUGUGCUGUCCAGCUGCGCUUUUUCAUUGCCAGUGACUUCAAGUCAGUUGGAGAAUGAAGACGUUAAGGUCGUGAAAUGCAUCGUGGAGGCGCUGGCCGCCGUGCUGUCGAGGCCCCGCUUUGCGCCCGUCAGCCGGGAGUGCUUGGUCACGCUGAAAACAGAUGACAGGCUCGUUACUAUCCUCCGCCACCAUCACUUUCUGAGGGAGCUGCAGGAGAUCGCCGCUCGGGGUAACCAGGAGAGAGCUCAGCUGAUGCUGCAGGGAGACGCGGGUUCACCCGACCCCACCACGCAAACGCCUGAGGCCGCGGAGGCUGCAGCCGAUCGAUCCAUGCUGGAGGCUCUGGGAGGCGUCGGGGAGAGAUCCAUCCUGUCCCAGAAGAAGAGGACGGGAAGCGAGGAUGAGGAGAAGAAGAGCGGCGGGGAGUCGCAGGAGGACAGCAAGGACAGGUCCGAGGAGGUGAAGGAGGAGCACGAGGAGCGCCCGGAGAGUCGGGUCUCGGAGGCUGUGGAGCGGUGGAGCGAGAGCAAGGCUGCAAAGAGGCAGGAGGAAGAAGAGGAGUCCGCAGAGAAGAGGGAGAAUUCAGAGGAAGACAACAUAACCAAGGAUAAGAACGGUGCUGCUGGGUCAGAGGAAAAGACAGAUGUGCCUAAAAGUCAAUCCAAGGAGAAGAAAGCUGAUGAUGAAGAGGAGGAGGAGGCAGACAAGACACCUGCACCUUCCUCACACAAACGAAAGGAGGGGGAGGGAGGGGAGGUGAAGGGGGAGAGCAAGAAGGGCACAAAGCAGUGGUCCAAGAAGAAGAGAGCGAGGGCAAAGGAAGUGGCGCAUCACUCGAAGGAGGUCCCCGAUGGAGAGCAUGCGGAGGAGGAGGAGAAGAAGAAAGGAGGAGACUCCCCGAGGAGUCCGGAGGAGAAGGAGCUGAGAAUGAUGGCUCGCCGGGCACCGGAGGAGAGGAGGGCGGUGGAGGAGGAGGGGAGCGCCAGCAGGAAGCCAGAGGAGCCAGAGAUCGAAAGCCUGGCGGCCAUUGAGUCAGAGCUGGAAGGCGUCGCCCAGAAGCUCCACGAGCUGCGGCGAGGCUGAGGCCGGCCUCGUUACCAAGGCGACGCCCGCUCCGCCUCCUCGUCCCACUGACCCCCCCAGCCCCCCAGCCCCUCCUCCCCCCAGCAGCCUGGUGACCCCGUGACAAGUCGCCCGCGCCCCGUUGCCUCUGGAGGACGUCUUGACGGCGGCCUCACCUGCGACUUCCUGCCCCUCGCAUCCUGUAGAGUAGCGAACAGCCGACGCGCCUCACACACACACACACACACACACACACACACACACACACACACACACACACACACACACACACACACACACACACACACUGUAUAAGACACAUGAACAAACUCUCCCUCUGCGGAGGAUGACGGCUCGUCUCCCUUCGGCCUCUCUGACAAUCGUCUCUUUCUGCUUUUCAGACUCGCUGGUUGAUGUACAGGUAGAUCAGGUAGAAACACGGUACGAGGUGCUCGUGUGGUCCUGGCAUGUACACAUGUACAGAGCACUUGCUUAAUUCUUCUGAUAGAUACCGUUGAUUCUAAUCAAGUCAAGGCAAUAAAUGAACAUUUUAGCAGAUACAUGAUCAGAUUAUGAUUUUAAUCUGUACUAAAUUUAUGUAAGAAUAUGAAUAAAUUGAAUGUUUUAUCUGGAAA